UAUUUGUGUUGGAUAGUUCUCUCCAACCUUUAAGUAACGAAACAGAUAUUACCGAUCUUUCGAUAUAAAACUAAACACACGGUGUGAUCAUUAUUUUUUUAAACACGAUUAUAUCGAUCGGUAUUGCUAUAUAAUACAGCUAUUAUAUACAAUUAUUAAAAUACUCAUCUAUUAUGAUGGACGAUUACAGCAUAGAAUUGGAUCGGGAAACCGGUCUUUAUUGCACGUUGCACUUAUUCACCGAUGUUACAAAUAUCUCCGAAGUAUGCAAAGAAGUUAUAACCGGUAAGCUUCGUUGCUGUGUAGUGAAAGCUUCGCUCGUGGCCGACGCUUUUCAAGCGGUAGUAGCCGCGAACAAAGCCGCUCUCAAUGCCAAGCAAAGUCGAUUGGUCACCAAAACCGUGUACACUGAAGUUUUAUUUUGCCUGUCCAUGUCCAAGAACAUUUCACGUUCUUUGAUCGAGUUCGGUAUCAGUGACAAUGAUAAAAAUAUUCUGGUGAUACUGAUACACAAGGCAGGUGAAGAACAAGCUAUGUUAAAAGAACUUUUGAGGUGCAUCAAAGGAGAGCGAAUAGCCAUUUCGAGGAUACAAGAGUUUACAGAUACAAAUCUCGUGAAGAAAACUUACAAGAUAGAUGAAGACGAAUUGCGCAUUUCUAAUCUCACCGAUGCCGUUGUAUCAAGAAUUAGUUGCAAAGAAAUUAUGCUAUCAAAGUAGAGAACAGAAGAGGACAGAAAAAUGCAGCAAAAUAAAUCUAAAUGUCAAUUAUCAUUAAUGAUAUAACAGAAACUUUAUUUGACAAAAAUAUAUAGGUUUAAAUAAUUGUUAAACGUAUAAAUAUGUCAAUGAAGCAGUUUGUAUACUUUCGUACUUGUUUAAAUUAUAAUUACUAUAAUUCCUUGAA